AUGCCAUUUGGGGAAGCCUUACAGCAAAUGCUGCUCUACACAAUGUUUAUGAAAGACGUCCUCACCAAGAAGGGGAAGUAUAUUGAUAAUGAGAGCAUUAUGGUGGGAGGGAAGGAGUCAGUAGGAAAGAACCUCAUUGACUUAGGGGCCAGUAUCAAUCUGAUGCCCCUAUCAAUGUGCAAAAGAAUUGGUAACUUGAAGAUGGACCCCACAAGGAUGACACUUCAGUUAGCAGACCGCUCCAUCACAAGACCAUACAGGGUUGUAGAGGAUGUCUUGGUCAAAGUCCACCAUUUCACCUUUCCGGUGGACUUUGUCAUUAUGGACAUCGAAGAAGACACGAAGAUUCCUCUAAUCCUAGGUAGACCCUUCAUGUUGACUGCCAACUGUGUGGUAGAUAUGGGAAAUGGAAAUUUGGAGAUGAGCGUGGACAAUCAGAAGACGUCGCUGGAGAAAGCUUUGGUAAAUGCUGUAGACUGUUUAACCAGCAAAGAAGAAGAAGAUCUAAGGGCUUGCUUGGAAGACUUGGAUCAAGAAGACAACACUAUUGAAGGAGGAACCAGCUUCAAGGAACUAAAGAGCAAGAAGACUUGGAUCUAA